AUGUCCAAUCAUCAAUCUAAACGUUUUUCUUCUUCUCUUCAUCAUCAUCUUCAAGGCCGAUUCUUUGAAUUUGUUCCGAAAGAGAUUUUCAAAGAUUUAAUAUUGGAAUUUAUUCCAUUCAUUUAUCGAGUUCCUUUGAUGGAAGUGUGUAAAGAUUUCUACACGAGCGUUAAACACAAGCAAGCAGAGACCAUUUGGAAGAGGAUUCGAGAUGGUAAUGAAUUGGAAAUGAAUGAUAUUUUUGAUUUAGAGGAGCAUGAUUUUCGAUUGUACAAAUUCGAUCGAUUAAUGAUGGUGCAACCGGAACGAAAAGAUAAUGUCAUGAAUCGAUAUUCGUGUUUUUUGAAAAAUUUAUACUUUUUAGAUGUGAAUAGUGAGCCAUUUAUUGGAGAAGAGGAAAUGUCCAUUCAGGCAUUGUCUCCUUGGCGUAAAUUAGAUGCAUGUGAAAAAGUGACACGAUUACAUAUUAGUGUGCCGUUUUUUAGAAUGAAUGUUUCGGAUAUUCUUCUCUCUCAAGUGAGAGCAGAUUUGGAAAAAUUACUGUACCAUAUUUCUAGUCGAGUCGAAUUUUCUCUAAAUUUUGAAUUAAUUUUCUGUAAUUGGACGACAAAAAAGAAUAUAUUCAGCUCGAGUUCAAUUUCAGAUGACAUGAAUGGCACAUCAACCACCAUUCGUGUGACCAACAUGAUGCGCAUCACAUCGAAUCAUGUCUAUGAUUAUCAAUUUAAGGAAAACCCUUCAAGAUGGACACUCCUCAGCAACAAUUCAUAUGCAGAGCUUCCAACUCGAAAAGAUGUCGAAGACUUGGACGCCAUUUCUCGAUACACGACUGCCAUUUCCCUCAGUCUGAAAAUGAAACCCAGUAUGGUUCCUGUGAAUCACUUCUUGACGCAUCUCAUGCUUUCAAAAAAGGGUGAUAUUGAAUGGCAUUGGGUGAAACGACUCUGUGAGAAUAAUCUUAUUCUUGUGAAUGGAUCGAUGGAUGUGAAUAAUAAUACCAUUAUUUCCAUGAUGCUCGAAAAGAUUCAAGAAAAGGCCAACAACACUUUCAUGAAAGCAAAAACAGCUCACAGUUUUGUUCAUAAUUAUUUGGAAUUUUACAAUGACACCCAAACCACUCGAGAACAUUUAGAGAAACUUUUCAGAGUGGUGAAACAGUCGAAACGAAAAACGGAGGAAAUUUACCUUAUUCUGAAUCAACCUCAUUGGUCUCUGGGAACUAGUAGUGGUACAAAUUACACAACAACAACAUGGAACCUGUUAACUCAACUCGAUGCCAUCACCAACACCAAAUUCAAAUUCUUCAAUUUACAUCUUAAAGCCAUGUAUACAAAGAUUGUUUCACAUCAAUAUCCAAGUUUUACCAUUUAUGAAUGGAAAAGGAUUCUCUUGGGAGAUUUAGAUGUCAAUCGAUAG